CUACAGGAAGGUUCUCACAUGACUGCGUUCUUGUGACUCGCAUUUAGUCUACUUCAAUAAGUCGAAUGAGUUUAAUGGCGAAGUGAAACAAAAAACGUUAAGAAAUAGACAGUGCAAAACUGAAUCGACCUAACACAAAGUUAUAGUUUUGUUACUAUUUUUAAGCCGGUUUGCCAAAUUAGCCGGCUAGUUAACUGCUUUCCAGUGGAAGUUACUAGCUGACUAGCUAUCAAGUUCGCUUCUGUUCUGUUGAACGACAGCUUCGCAAACUGGUUCGCAGGGAGAGAGAAGAGGGAUGGAAAAGGAAGGAGCGAGGGGGGCUGAAGAGGGCUGCCUUUGAGAAACGAGUCACUGGAUUUUCCAACCCUCAUGGCUGAAGCCGCUACACCGGAUCCGCGAUGGUGCUGUUACUUCUUCCUCUACGAUGGGUCAAAGGUCAAGGAGGAAGGUGACCCAACGAGUGCAGGCAUCUGCUACUUCUACCCGACAGAGACAGCAGCGGACCAGCAGGACCUGUUGUGCGGGCAGCUAGCUGGUGUGUGCCGAUGCGUGUCCGAACUUUCCUGUUCCCCCGUGCGACUGCUCCGGCUGCGCAGACGCAAGUUUGCAGUUUGCACAAGAGGGGACUUCCUGUGGGCACUAGGAUGUGCAGUAGACAUUCCAGACAUCAGUAUCCAUGGCUUUCUGGAGCAGCUCAUAGGUCUCUUCUGUUUUUACAAUGGCCCUGUUCGAGAGAGCUACCAGCUUCGCAGUAAGGAGGAGUUGGCAGCACAGUGGGGGAAGUACCUCUCUCACCUGCAGGGCGGCGCCACCGAGCUCCAUCACAUCUUCAGCUCCCUGCGCACCAUUGAUUCAACACAUAUUGACCCUCUGCUCCUGCUGAAGGCUGCUCUUAUUCUUCAAGCAUGCCAGCGCUGCCCCCUGGUGUUAGCAGGGUGUAUACUGUACUGUGGCAGGGUUGUCAGCACACAGAUGCCCCCUGACCUUACGGCAAAAGUGCUGGUUCACGAGACCGAGGCAUACAGCCAGGAUCUGGCCAAUGGGGUGACUCCUACGGAGAGCAACGUUACUUCCAUUCCUGUGUUCCUGACUCCCUCUGAGCUCCAUGCUCUACGGUGCCCCCCUGUGGACUGGGCAUGCAGGUCUCACUGCCUACCUCUGCAAGCUAACCACACCAAGAAGUCCCGCCUGUCGCGAACACUGUCCGACACACCUGAUCCUGAAUCCGGCCUGGACACCACGUACCGCACCUCAGACUCCCACCAGACGGUGCCUUGCUCCACUCCCUCCUCCGUCUCAGACGACCCGUGCUUCAGGCCGAGCCCCUCCCUGUCGGUCUUCGGCGAUGCCCCUUUCUCUCAGGACCACUCGGGGUCAUGUGAUCAGGUCCUAGCCAACGGGACGCUGCAGCCAAGCAUGCAGGAGAGAUCAGGGGCACAGGAGCAGGACGAGGAGAUCUUGGGGGCCCCUCUUCCUGCUCCUCCCCUCAAGGAUGAAAAUGGGGAGGACUGUGAGUCACGUGACAAUGGUCAUCAGGGGGGAGGCGGUGACAGCGACAGUUCAAAGCAACAGGACGGAUGUGGAGAACAGGGACAGCCUGCUAACGAAGAGCCUGGAAACGAAACUGGGCCGCAGGGACCCAGACAACGGAGUGAUGAAGAGCAGCUGGAAAAGAUUGACCGGCAGGAGCCAAAUGAUAAUAAAGGAGGAAGUGAGCAGGAUGGUGGCAGAAAAGGAGAGGAGAUGGGCAGGAAUACUGAGCAUAGGCUCAGGGGUACAGGGGUAUGGGGGGUUUGCAGUGAGGAGUCCCAGAACAAUGAGAGCAUCCAAGGAGGCAAGACCCCACCCUACACGCCUGCCCUUGGAGCCCUACCACCCCCCCUGGUAGCCAUGGCACUGUAUCAGCACAGGGUGCGAGGGCUGGUGCUGGCUCUGCUGGUGGAGCCAAACUUCCAGAGUGAUGCCGCGGCCAUGGAGGAAGUGCAUUACAGCAGCCUGGCGUCCCUAAACGGGCUGGAGGCCCACCUGCGCAGCACCACGGCAGGGACCCCAGGGCCCCCCGGGGGGUACACCUUCGCACACCAUGACUGCCUGCAGAACACGCUGACCACCAACCUGUCUGGGGGGGCGGGCGGGCCCCUGGAGCGCUCCUUUGUGAGGGCCACCUCUCUGCUGCACUCCCAUUUCUCUCAAGCUGUCACCCUGCAGGAGGCCAUUGUCAGGAAUGCGGGGUCGGCUGUUUACGGGACCCGCAGUACGGCCCAGGAAACGUACUUCCUGCAACAGGGGGCCACGGUGAGGAACUCCGGAGUGCCCAACCCCCAGGACAGCGCCUUCUCCCUGCCCAGCAAAGCCCGGCACCGUCUGCUGAAGCACGGCGUCAACCUGCUGUGACACGGCGCUGAGAGCCGGGUCCCGCAUCAUUUCCUGCUCCGGGCAUGCUGUCACUCACGCCUACGCACUCUUAUAGUCCUUUAAGUUAUUACCUGUCUGUCAAACAUGUAUAUAAUGUACCCGCAAACAUGCUGUAAUACUCCGAAAUGCUGAAGAGCUAUUUCUUCUGUUACACACUUUUUUUCUCUCCAGUGCACUUCAACAGGUAUCUUUUCUUUUUACAUUUAUAACUAAGAGAGAAGGAGGCAGUCACAAAGUUUGUUGAGAGGCAGUGGUUUUCAAAAGCAAUCCUCGCUAUGAAACUGCCACCAUGGCUGAGGUGACUGAAGAUGUGUGAUGAUUAUCAGAAAUCUGAACUAAGCAUGGCUGCAGUAAAAAGGUUGACAGAAAUAAAAUCAUGUUGACAGAAAUAAAGCAAAGGAUGAGACAAGAUGCCUACAAUGCUGAAACCUCAAUAAAGCAAAAUAAACGAUGCUGUUACUUGA